CGAUGUGAGUAUGGGCGCUUUUUAACAAUACAUUAUUUUGUUACGCUGUAGAGAGAGUGCAAACACUGUUAUAUUUGUGUUUUGAUUUGGGUUUGCAUUUUGAUCUCCUCUUAUUGGUAUUUUAUUGAUGCACGAGAACGUCAAUUCGCCAACUCGUAGAGAAACAGUACCAUUGAUGGCAGCUCCAAGGGAAACAUCGCGUCGCGACUCUUUAACAGCCCAAGAAGAAGAAACUCUCAAGUAUGGUGCAGAACAUGUUAUUAAACUUUUCGUUCCUGUAUCUAUGUGCAUGUUGGUCGUAGUUGCUACAAUCAAUUCAGUAUCAUUCUACAAUGUUAAAGAUAUAUAUUUGGUGUAUACACCAUUUCAUGAGACCAGUCCUGAGCCUUCUUCAAAAGUACUGAGUGCUGUAGCCAACUCAUUGAUUUUGAUGUUUGUUGUUAUUAUAAUGACAGUAGUUCUGAUAGCAUUAUACAAAUAUCGGUGUUAUAAAUUGAUACAUGGAUGGCUUAUUAUGUCGUCAUUGCUGCUCUUGUCCAUGUUCACUUGUCUUUACAUUGAAGAAAUUUUACAUACUUAUAAUAUUCCUAUGGACUAUAUAACUUUUUUUUUAAUAAUAUGGAAUAUCGGUGUGCUAGGAAUGGUAUGUAUUCAUUGGAAAGGUCCAUUGCGACUUCAACAAUCCUACUUAAUAUUUAUUGCUGCACUUAUGGCACUUGUGUUCAUAAAAUAUAUGCCUGAAUGGACCACAUGGGUUGUGCUGUUUGUUAUUUCUAUUUGGGAUUUGAUUGCUGUCCUUACUCCUCGAGGACCAUUACGUAUACUUGUUGAAUUGGCUGAAGAACGUAACGAACAAAUAUUUCCUGCGCUAAUUUAUUCAUCGACAGUUGUAUACAUGAUAAAUCGUUCAGAUAGUAUUGACAGUACUACAGAUAGUCAAAAUGGAUUUACUAGAACAUGGGUUGAAGAGCAUCAACAGCAUCAGCCUGAAGAAGUUAGAGUUAAUAGACUAUUAGAUGAUGACGACAAAGGCGUAAAACUUGGAUUGGGAGAUUUCAUAUUCUACAGUGUGUUAGUGGGUAAAGCAUCAUCUUAUGGAGACUGGAAUACCACAUUAGCAUGCUUUGUAGCAAUUCUUAUUGGAUUAUGUUUGACACUAUUAUUAUUGGCUAUAUUCCGAAGAGCACUACCUGCUUUACCAAUAUCAAUUACUUUUGGACUUGUGUUUUACUUUGCGACUCGAGGACUAGUCAAACCAUUUGCAGAUAUGCUAGCUUCUCAACAAGUUUUUAUAUGAUUAUAACUCAAUAAUUUUUAUUAUAUUUUACAAUUUAUCUCCUAAUUAAAAUAUGUAAUA